AUGUUCAUUGGUCAUUUUGCAACGGUGCAUCCACUUCGACGAUAUUUUCCCAAUACGCCUGCGUACGUACUUACCAUUGGUGUUGGUUUCCUUGAUAUCGUCUUUGCAGUGAUUUGUGCCUUAUGGCAUGCAGAGGGCGUCACAGUCGAUCCAUCUGAAGGAAAAUUGGGAGUACAGCUACACUGCGACUACAGUCAUUCUCUUGUCGGUGCCCUCGUUUUCUCAACACUCUACGGUUUCCUUGCUCAAGUCAUCGUUGGUGGAAACGAUCGUCAACAUUUCGUUGCCGGCUUUGCAGCAUCAUUCUCCCAUUGGCUUGAAGAUUGGCUUGUCCACAACCACGAUCUGUUGCUUGAUCCAUGGUCACGUGUCAUCAUUGGCGGUACCUUGUUAUGGUCAAAGUAUCCCUUGUUCGCUACGUACGCUGAAUUGUUGGCGGCCAUUGCCUUUGGAUGGUUCUAUGUCCCUGAAAAAGAACGCAAAAACACGUAUGCUUUGGUGUCCAAUGUGAUAUUGUUGGUGGUGUUCCACUAUGGCAACGAGGUGGCAUUUCCACGAUUGGCAACAGCAAGUUUGAUGCAACCCACAGCUGACCUUCAAAACUACGGAUUAGCAGCUUCCAUGCUCUUUGUCUUUUUAACACCUGCCAUCAUCCUUGGAUACGUCUUUGAACGACGACGACGAUCCUCCACUGAUACGAAGAAGAAUCAAUAA